GUUCGGCUCAGCUAUCGGACGAAUCAGAAAAUGAAGGCGAAUUUGAAAACUAGGCAGAGAUGAAGCUUGCAAGUACGGAAUAACUCUCGACUUGUGAAUAGUUUGUAAAUAAACAAACGCAAAACUCCUUAGUCAGAUUGGCACAUAUCUGAAGUAGAGUUUCUGGAUGAGCAUGUCCCUGGCGCAGCGUGUGCUUCUCACAUGGAUUUUCAGCCUUCUCUUCCUCAUCAUGCUGGUCCUAAGGCUGGAUGAGAAGAUCCUCUGGAGCUGGUUCCUUAUCUUUCUCCCAUUGUGGACCUUCGACACCAUUCUUCUUCUAAUGCUGAUUAUCAAAAUGGCUGCCUGUUUCAAAUCAGGGUUUGAUCCUCGCAACGCGGCAGAGGGCUUAAAGAAGCGGGUUUGGUAUCUCUUUGCAAUUUUGUUGAAGCUGGCAUUCUGUCUGUCACUGUGUGCCAGGCUGGACGAUCUGACUACUAUCAAGGUGAGCGUUAUAUGUAUCCCUCUAUGGGCUUUGCUUCUCGGAUCCAUGGUGGAGCUUGGGUGCAGUGUCUUCCACUUCUGAGGAGAAAGAACGUGUGGACAUGAAUCACUAAUGAACAGCAGGAGGACACUGGUCUUAAACUGGUUUUGAACUAUUUGUAUGAUAUAUACACCAGCUCAUUUAGAUAAAAAUAAACCCAAAGUCUACUGCCUAA